AGUGAGUGAGAUUGGAACUGAAUUGAGAGGCAAACCGAAUGGAUGAAAAAGUAAAUGUAAUCAGGAGAAAUCAUUUGAAACCAUGAGGUUUGCCAUGCCAACUAGUAUAAUCUUAAAUGUUGUAAAAAGGCCCAAUUUGUUACUCUAUUCAAGUUUAGCGUUUUUCACCGUUACCCUGUUAAUAUCCAGUGUACAGUCUCGUCGUCGUCCAACCAUCCAGAUUGGUACAACAUCGGCCAGCCUGGCUUCAACACCAGCAACUACCUCAACUCCAGGCCAAAGUUUACCCUCAUCAUCAUCAUCCAUACAACCCAUACCAGUCAAUGGGUCUGCAUCAAGUAUAACCUCACCAUCACUGGACCAUCCAUUUAACCAAGUGAACCCAAUUUUACCCAUUCACCGGACAAGUUCAACGGGCAUUCAAAAGAUAGUCUUUGGUGCCAUCCUGCCAACCACCAUAUUGAAAACGUUGGCACGCAAGUACAAUAAAACUUUACAAGAUGCGGUCGAUGCUUUAACCAAAGGCCGUGAUCAACACAAUUUCAUCAAUUACUUUGAGAUUGCCAAUGCAAAUGUUGUUCUUAUGCCAUUGAAUCCUUCACCAACCGAUGUUUUGCACAACUUGUGUCACCAUUUACUUCCAAAUGGAGUUUCAACCAUUUUUUACAUGACAAAUUCCGACACUUAUGGAACCAAUGCUGCUGCUACUCAAUAUUUAAUGCAAUUAACUGGAUACCUUGGGAUUCCAAUGAUAGCCUGGAAUGCUGAUAACAUGGGCCUUGCUCAGAAUCAAAGAAUAUCAGAUUCAAGGAUUCUUCAGUUGGCACCCAGUUUGGAGCAUCAAGCAUCUGCCAUGUUGAGUAUAGCAAGACGCUAUUCUUGGCAUGUUUUUUCAAUAAUCACAAGUUCCAUUGGUGGACAUGAAGAUUUUGUACGAGCAGUUAGAGAUCAAAUAUUAUCUUUCGAAGAUUUCAAAUUCAAUAUUUUGGAUAUAUUUACUAUUAAAAAGCGAACUCCAGCUGAGAUUAGAUUGGAAUUGGAUAAAUUGGCCAAAUCAGAGGCAAGAGUUAUUUUCUUAUAUUCAACUAAACAAGAAGCUCAAAAAAUUUUGGAAGCUGCCAGUUCGUUAGGAAUUACGGGCAAAAAUUAUAUCUGGAUUGUCACUCGAUCCAUCGUUGGAACAGCAUCAGAACAUUAUGCGCCAAAUGAGUUUCCUCCUGGAAUGCUGGGUAUUCAUUUCAAUACAUCGCAUUGGCAACUGUUGAAGGAGAUUGAACGAGCGGUAACAAUAUAUGGCUAUGCAUUGGAUCUGUUCGUUGAAGAUGGUUCCAAUCUCAAUAAAAGCCUUUCACCCAAUUUAAGCUGCAAUGGAUCUGGAGACUCGAGAUGGGAAAACGGUGACCUAUUUUUCAAAUAUCUGAGAAGUGUUAAAAUAAAGAGUAAAUAUGGAAAGUCUAAUCUAGAGUUUAAUUUAGAUGGAACGCUCAAGUUUGUUGAAUUGGAUGUUAUGAAUCUUAACCAGGGAGGAAUUUGGGAAAAGAUUGGUGUUUGGACUGAACAAGGUUUGGAAAUAAAAGACAUCACUUGGCCAGCCAAUUCUCCGGUUCCACCUCAAGGAGUUCCGGAAAAAUUUAGCCUCAAAGUAACCUUUCUGGAGGAACCUCCAUUUGUUAUAAUAAUGCCUCCGGACGAAGAGACUGGAGCUUGUAAAACUAAUAAAGCAGUUAGAUGUCGUUAUGCACCGGAAGCCCAGUUAAUAGGGGUGAACAAGACUCUUGCUUACAGGAAUCCAAAUUAUUAUCGAUGUUGCUCUGGUUUUUGUAUUGAUUUGUUGGAAAAGUUUGCCAACGAUCUUCGAUUCUCAUAUGAACUUAGUCGAGUUGAGGAUGGAGCUUGGGGAGUAUUAAGUCAAAAUCGUACUUGGAAUGGUUUGAUUGCUGAAUUGCUUGAUCACAAAGCUGAUGUUGUGGCAACUUCAAUCAAGAUAAACUCUGAUCGUCAGGCGUAUGUUGAUUUUACUGUUCCUUUCCUUGAAACUGGAAUAACAAUUUUAGUUGCCAAAAGGACGGGUAUCAUUUCACCGAAAGCUUUUUUAGAACCAUUUGAUACUCACUCAUGGAUCAUGAUAUUAUUGAUUAGCAUUCAAAUUGCAGUCUUUUCAAUCUUCCUUUUUGAAUGGUUAAGUCCAUCUGGUUAUAAUAUGGGAAUGAAACCUCCAAAAGGUCACAAAUUUUCUCUGUUUCGCACUUAUUGGCUUGUCUGGGCUAUCUUGUUUGGUGCUGCUGUUCCCGUUAACUGUCCAAAGGGUUUAACAGCUCGUUUCAUGUCCAAUGUUUGGGCUACUUUUGCUGUCGUCUUCCUGGCCAUUUACACUGCUAACCUGGCUGCCUUUAUGAUAACCCGAGAAGAUUAUCAUGAUUUCUCUGGUAUUGAGGAUCCACGUUUAGCCAAUCCAACCAAAGUCAAGCCUGCUCUUAAAUUCGGUACCUUACCUUCUGGUAACACUGAGGCCGUCCUAAAGCGAAAUAAACCUCAAAUGCACGCUUACAUGAGAAAGUACAACCGUUCGUCAAGUGAACUAGGAGUGAAAGCUGUAAGAAAAGGUGAUCUUGAUGCAUUCAUUUACGAUGCUGUGGUCCUUGAUUAUUACACUGGACAAGACAAUGACUGUAGACUGUUAACUGUUGGAUCUUGGUAUGCAAUGACUGGAUAUGGGUUUGCCUUUCCCAAAAAAUCAAAGUAUUUAAAUAAAUUUAACGAGAAGAUGAUUGAAUAUCGUGAAAAUGGUGAUUUGGAGCGACUUCGUCGAUUCUGGUUCCAAGGAGCUUGUAAACCGACUCGCAAUAAGGGUAAACUGAGUAAACCACUGGACGUUAAUAAGUUCAUGUCUGCCUUUCUAUUACUUGGAUGUGGUAUCUUACUCACUAUCAUUAUACUUGCGAUUGAACAUAUUUAUUUCCACUAUUUCCGGAAACCCAUUAUUAACAAUGGAACUGAUGGUUGCCUCAAUCUUGUCAGCAUGAGUAUUGCAAAAUCAUUGAGUAAUGAUGAUAAUUCGCGGUUAUCUCGAGGUAACAAUUUUUGGACUUCAAUGGCCUACAAUGAUGGUUUGAAUAAAAAUGAUUGUCGAAAUAUGGUUGGCGGAUUAAAUAGAUAUAAAGCUGAACAUCUACUUGAUAAUAUUAAACGAUCCAAAAGUUUUGCUCACUUAAAUGAAGAUGAAAUGAUGCGAUUUCAAACAUCUAAUUGGUCCUCAUCAUCAUCUACAGUUCCUUAUCCUCGAUUGAAUCAACCUCAUUAUCUACAUAAAGAUAUGACCCAUAAUCAUAUUACAACAAAUGACCCUUUCUAUGGUCGAGAUUCAACAUCCAUUUGUACAACUUAUUCAACCUCCACUGGAUUAAGAGAGAGAAGGAUUAAACCAGGAUUUACUUCAAACAAGCAAACCUUUCCAUUGGAUAAAUCAACAGCUGCUAUAACCGAGUUUGAAACGGUUUUAUAAUGUUAACUAUAUCGUUAUAAUUAACAUUCAACUUUACACUUGCAAAUCAUCAUCAAACCCUUUUAUAACAACUUCAACAUUGCCAAAAAUUUCCAUUCCAGAAACGGAAAACUCGGAACGAAAAAGAUCAAUAAUAAUUGUCUAACGUACUGACAAUCAUUAUUGUUGUAACUUAAUUGUAAAUAUGAACAUCAGAUUUUUUGCUCAUCUUAAGCUAACCUAUUUAAUGGUUGUGUGAUAUACUAACCACUAAUGUACUAAUAAUUAUUGUUAAUAAUUGACUAAAUUUCUCAGGAGAUCAGAGUUAGGGUUUUCUUUUAAAUUAUUUAAAUUUACAAUUUUGUUUUCUUUUUCAAUUACAAAUGUUUUCAAUUGUCCAUUAGCCAAACCAAACGAGCUGUUAGGCCGGUCAAGUUUGCCAAAAUUUGAUUGUCCUUAACUUUGAUUCAAUGACUUUGAUCUCAAUCCAUUACUAGUGACAAUUAGUGUAACAUUUACCAUCUGACACAAGCCCAAAGUAACUAAAUUGCUCAUCUGUUUUAUACAAAUCAAAUUACUUUAGGUUGGGUCAUUUUUUUGCUAUUCAUUAAUUGUUUUUGAAUCAGUUACUUAGACUUAAAGUGACCUCAACUCCUCGUUAAAUGACUCUUUGGUUUGGAUAAGUUCAUUUUGCCUUGUUAUUCAACAUUAUUGUUACCCUGUUAUGUAUAGCUAUAAAAUAAUGCGUUAAUUUGUCUCAACAGAUUAAUUGUUUUUCUCAUUUAGUGCUUUAACGUUUAUUAUCGUUAUUAUUACAAUUAUAGUAACUAAAUUAAUUUGUAUGAUCGUCUUAAACUAAAAAAAAAGAAAGUAAAUGCUAACCUUGCCAAUUUAAAUUCAACUCAUACAAACGCUGGAAAAUAAGAAGGAUGAAUAAUAAUUGAAUUACAAUUUGAUGAUUAUUAUGAAAAAUAAAUCAAUUGACUGAGUGAGAAAGCUAAACUAAAUCAUGAUUAAUGAAUUUCAAAGAAACUGUUUUUGAUAAAAACAUAUUUGUACAAUUAGAUUGUAAAUAAUGUUAUAAACAAAAAGUAAUCAAAUAAAUGAUAAUUUUUACGUCCAA